GGAAGACAUCUUACCAGCCGACACUUAAGAAUGAACCAAGAAGGAUGGACAGGCUUAUAAAUAUGAUGGUUACAAAAGUUGUCAAAAGAUUCAGUGAGAAGGAUAGAUCUCAUAAAGUGAGAGAAAUGAUCGAAAAUGAGAUAAAAAAUCAUUUCACUAAUGAGUCAAAAUCCGGCUCUAAAUUUGCAUACCUCAAUGGCUCUCAUCUCACUCAGAUAGAGAUCAAGAUCAAGAGAAAACUCUUGGCAGAAAGAGGCCAUAGUAUUGAAAUGAAGUCUAAUGCAUCACAGCAUAGCACAUUCCAAAAUGUUGCUAGACAUUUAAAGUCUGUAUCCCCGACUCCUCAGCAGAGAGGAUCAGUUUUUGCAGGUAGUCCUUUGAAGAAUAAUGAAUAUUCAACGGCAAUGCCUGAACUUGUUCAAGCUUCAGACAAUCAGACUCAGAGGCAAAUGACCAAAUCAGUAGAAUUGAUUAAGAAAGUUGAUCAUAAAAGAGUUAAAUCUAGAGGAAAUCAUAGUUAUCUUAAACAAGGAGGCAUCAACAGUAUUGCCCAAAGAAUCCCCAGGUUUAACAACCAAGACAAUAUGAGCUUCUUCAGCGGCCAAGAUGAGUGGGAUGAAAUAGAAAAGUUCAAUGCUCUUGCUGAAGAGCGUGAUCGAAAACUCAAAGCCAUCACAACUCAGAAGAAUCAGAAGAAGAUGCAGGAAAGUCUUAGGAAGCAGAUCCAGGAACAGAGGUCUAUCAAGGCAUUAUCUCUUAAUUAAUCUCUAGA